GGAAUUUCCAACUCUGACGUCACUGCCUGCCACUUCCAGAUUUGGGAAAAAAUUAUUUUCACUUUGGUGGGAUUUGAAACUCUCUUGAUUCCUAGAAAGCCCCGAGACGUGAAGGAAGGUGUCAUUCAGGAGAACGAGGCACCGACAAGGAAAAUACCAAAGAACUGUCAGCUGUGAGGCCCGUACAUCAAGAGAAGAAGAGGUGUCUGACCCUGUGAUUGGCCCCUCUGUGAUCCUGUAGUGACUGUGACUGUCUGGCCUCUCUCCUCUCUCUCUGCAUUGAAGAAUCUGAACCAUGUGGACCAGCGAAGGCGAGGUUCAGGUGACAGGGCGGAUGGAGACCACCCCUGCCAUGGGCGUCCCUAGUAUCUCUGUUUCCCAGCAACAGGCCCCUAAGAAGUUUGCCCCUGUGGUUGCCCCAAAACCUAAGUUCAACCCGUACAAGGACCCCACUGACCUUGCAGGAGGGGACUAUCCCCCACCACCUCCUCCUGCUGAAGACGGAGGCCUCUCGUCCUCCAUCUCUUUCCCACCACCUCCACCCAUGGACAGAGAAUAUCAGAUGCAUGGACCAGAGAAGACCCUGGAAGAGAGGCGGUCCAGUCUGGACGCUGAGAUUGACUCUCUGACCUCUAUCCUAGCUGACCUGGAGAGUAACUCACCUUACAAGCCCCACAAUGCACAGAACUCUGGAACUCUGACCAGUCCCAACGCUCCGGUGACAGGGUACAAACGUAUGGUCAUCCCCACCCAGCCUCCUCUGACGGCCACCAAGAAGUCCUCUCCCAAGGCCGGGGCCCCAGGCGGAACACUGCCCCGGCCCCAAGCGGAGAACUCCUCCUCAGCCUCCAUACUGGCCAGGCCCCAGUUCCAGAUGGCCCCCCAGCCUGUCCCAGCCUCCUACGCCACAGCCUCCACCCCCAGCCAGCCCACCUUCAACGUACAGGUGAGGUCUGCCCAGCCCGGGCCCCAGCACCAGUCCCCUGGGCCCCCCCAGCAGUUUUCCCAGCAGCCCAACAGGAGCCCGGUCCAGUACAUGGCUGCCCAGCCCAGGGGUCCUGAUUUCGCCUAUGGGCCACCCCAGCCAGGCUUCGCUCCUCAAGGCUACCCAGAGCAGGCCUACCCGGGAGCAGGAGGGUACGGAGGAGAACCAGGAGGGUACGGGGGAGAACCAGGAGGGUACGGGGGAGAAGCAGGGAACACCUGGAGACCCCAGCCGAGCUAUGCUGCUGCUCCUACCCAGCAGGGCUGCCCACAACCUGUCCCGAAGAAGACCUACAUCACUGACCCUCCUGCCAGCCUGGCGCCUCCUGUACACCUCGCCCCACAGAGGGCUCCCAGCGGUGCCAGGCCUGAGGAAGAACUGGAGAGGCUCACCAAGAAGAUGCUGUAUGACAUGGACAACCCUCCGGCUGAGGAGUACUUUGGGCGGUGUGCCAGCUGUGGGGAUAAUGUGGUGGGUGAGGGUACCGGCUGUACCGCCAUGGACCAGGUCUUCCACGUGGACUGCUUCAUCUGCAUGACCUGCAGUGGCAGGCUGCGCGGUAAACCCUUCUACGCCGUGGAGAAGAAGGCCUACUGCGAGCCCUGCUACAUCAACACCCUGGAGUCCUGUAACAUCUGCAGUAAACCCAUCAUGGAGCGUAUCCUGCGGGCUACAGGGAAGGCCUACCACCCACACUGCUUCACCUGUGUGGUGUGUCAACGCAGCCUGGACGGUAUCCCCUUCACUGUGGACGCUGCCAACCACAUCCACUGCAUCGACGACUUCCACAAGAAGUUUGCCCCUCGUUGCUGUGUGUGUUCUGAGCCCAUCAUGCCAGCUCCAGGCCAGGAGGAGACUGUUCGUAUCGUCGCCUUGGACCGAGACUUCCACGUGCAGUGUUAUCGUUGUGAGGACUGUGGUUCUCUGCUGUCUGAAGGGGACAACCAGGGUUGUUACCCCCUGGACGGACAUGUCCUCUGUAAGAGCUGUAACACCAGCCGUAUCCAGGCCCUCACUGCCAAGGCUACCACUGACCUCUGAACCCCAGAUACCCUGCUACACCGCCAAGGCUACCACUGACCUCUGAACCCCAGCCCUGCUACCCCGCUCACCUCUACUGCCUGGCUGGCUGCCCUUCAGCCCGACACACACACACGUACACACACACACGUACACAUACACACGUACACACACACACACACUCACACACACACACACACACACUCACACACACACGUACACACACUUACACACACAUCUAUGAAUAUUAUGAAAAUGCUAAUAGGGAGAAACAAAGAUGUGAUGUUGCUGAAAUGUUGACAGUCUCGGUACGAUCGUCAGCCUGUUGAUUCCUUUAUUGCUGUCAUUAUUAUUAAUGCCUGUUCCCUCUACUUGCAUUUACUCUUUUACAUUGUAGUCAC